AAACAUCCCAUCCUUGCGCACACUACCUACCCACGAUGCAGCGCGGUUGCAUACAACAAGCCAUCUUGUCAAGAGUAACUGAGUGAGGGAGGUAACUGUUGGCGCUGUUUAGAUUCUCAUUUGUGUUAAAGCGUAAACAAGUAAGAGCAUUUUCUCUCUCGACCGACGUUAGCUUCAAAGUAAGUGUCGCCUCCGAAUGACUUUAAGCUGGUGCGGUGAGUGGAUACAAAGGACUGCUUUCUGGAAGAUGUCUCGCAUACUUGUUCCGACGUAGGGGGAGUGUGCAGCAGCCAGUUGGCUUGACUUGCUAGCUAGCUCGGUGAGUGGAGGGCUGUGGGCCAUCCUCAGCCUAACGUAGGUCCUGCAGCUGGGCAACACACUCUGCGACAACGGCCGUUUGGCAACUGCACAACCGCGACAUUAGCAGGCCGGUCCGGACUGACCGAAAGCUCCGGAUCAAUCAUCCUACGGGCUGCUGCUGGUAUCUAAAGCCGCAUUGCUGGACAAGACGACACGAAGUGUGGCGUUGCGUUAUGAGCUCAUGAAACGCAACAGGAGAUCGAGAGAGAGGAAGAGGGAUGGCGUAUAUUCAUCUUGAUUACAGUUAGCUAGGCUAAGUAAAAUCUAUAUGUAAUCGUCCUGUUUAGUAUGAUUUAAGCUUUAAGAAGCCGCAACCAGCUCGUCUCUUUCUGACGGAGGAUAAACAUAGCCACACGGGACUUGGAAUCAGCCUGUCAAUAUGUCGAAAAUGCCGGCCAAGAAAAAGAGCUGUUUUCAGAUCACCAGUGUGACUCAGGCCCAGGUGGCGGCUAUAGGUGCCGCCGACGACACGGAGAGUCUGGACGACCCAGACGAGUCACGGACUGAAGAUGUGUCGUCAGAGAUAUACGACAUGUCUCGGGCUGAGUACGAGCCUGCAUGUGACAUUAGUUCAUCUGAAGAAGCCCUGAAUAAUGUUGGAGAGCCAGAGGCAAUCGUUGUUAUGGCGCCAUCACACAUACCUCAAGCCGGUCAGUUGUCUGCCAUGUCAGGCAAUAUCAUGGGGGAGUUUCGGAAGGUGGGAGUGUCGGGCUUAACUCAAGGUGGUCAGCAGCCUCCGGGGCACGGCGCUACAACUGGUGUAUCCCUCAUCGCUCAGCCUGGGGCAUUGCAGCAACAGCCUGCUCCAGCAGCCAGCGGUCCAGUAAACGCAUCCCAACCUGCUGCAGUGACCAGUUCAGCUCCUCCUCCUGCCACCUCCACGGUGAGUUGCACUUCACGCUUCAGGGUCAUUAAACUCGAUCAUGGUACUGGAGAACCUUUUCGAAGAGGCAGGUGGACGUGUACGGAGUUUUAUGAGAAAGACUCUGAGGGCUCUGCUGUUAGUAGAACUGGGGAUAGCAUUAGGCAUGCCAGUGCAACAACACUGGACCCUGCUGCAGACCGAGACAGUGGGCUCGGGCAUACAGGAGGAUCUGUGGUUGCCCCGGCAACACACUCAGGUCAGGGCUUGGGCUCUGUGGCGGAUGCUUCUCUCUCUUCAUCCCGCAUGCAUUUGGUGGAGAUGCCACCGCAGCAGCAACAGAUCCACCAUCCAAACUACAGCGCCACACAGAGUGUUUUCUCCAGCAGCAAGCCAACAGUGGGAGGUCUCCAGCCUUCUGCUCCCCAGAGCGUGCUGCCUCUCGGACAAAACGGCCUGCCUCAAUCUGUUGUCCACAUACAGAAGUCCCCCAUCAUGCCUCUUUCAGCUCAGCCCAUCGCUUACCCUCCCCUGCAACAGCAGGUUCCUAUAGGCCACCAGCUGACCAGCGUGUCUUCUGGAUUGCUACAGAACCAGACAGAGUACUAUCAGCAGCAACAGCCCACUUCCAUGCAGCCAGUGAUAUCCACCGGCCAGUCCCUUCCAGUGUCCAGCCUCUCAGCUGGGCCACAGCCUGUGGGACAAGGACACACUUCGGUCUUGCCUCCAGCCUCUGGAGGGGCUUCUGUGCCAAGUCAGGUUGGAGAUGUUGCAGGAGCAGGAGGAGGGUCUGUACCUACCGGACAGCCAGCUCCAAGCCUCUUGCAGCAGCAGACCGGAGGAAUGGGAGGUGUUGGAGGCUCCAUACUGGUUGGUGGAUCUGCUUUGCAUCAACAGGCUGUGAGUCAGUAUACAGCCGCUGGACAGCCUCAACCCCACGGCCUCCACUCUACAUCCUCUGGUGUACAAAAUGUGCCUGCCGUCGCAGUGAGCACCACUGUGCACACUGCUGUGCCCAGUGCCUCCAGUGCAGCCAUGCCAAAUGUGACAACCUCCAGUUUGCCUCCAGGUCAGAUACCCCACAGCAGGACUCUAGUGGCUUUGGGGGUGCAGGGCCUCCCAGCAACUGGAUUUGGACAUGCAGAGGGUGGUGUUGGAGGGAAGUCAGAGGGCCUCGUCAAUGCACAGUCUCCUGUUGUCUCUGGGAAAGAACCAGUGAAGUCCCUCAUGCCUGAGAGCCUGCAGCUCGCCACUCCGACUGUCAACAGCCUGUUUGGAAUCCACAUACCUGAUGACGGGGAUGUGGACAGGACCUCGGGAACCAAUGUUGCUGCCAUUGAUAAUAAAAUUGAACAGGCAAUGGACCUAGUGAAAAGCCAUCUGAUGUAUGCGGUGCGUGAAGAGGUGGAGGUCUUAAAAGAGCAGAUCAAGGAGCUGUUUGAGAGGAACUCUGUGCUGGAGAGGGAGAACGCCGUGUUGAAAUCGCUGGCCAACAGCGAGCAGCUGUCCCAGCUGCCCGCCCAGUCAGCCACCAGCUCCGGCACCACGCCCCCCCAGCAAGGACUCAUCCAGCCUCCGCAACAGGCCCUGCCUCCGCAACAGGCCCCGCCUCCGCAACAGGCCCCGCCUCCGCUUCAAGUUCAGCCUCAGCCGCAGUCACACGGCCAGCUCCAGCACCACCCCAAACCCCAGCAGCUCCAGACUCAGCCUCAGCUCGAUCCUGGUCAACAACAAAUGCAACCCAACGUCACCUCCGCUUGAAGUGCAUCGGCCCUGCUUCGCAUAGUGCAGGGGAAAAAAAA